UGUUUCCGGCGUCGGCGGCCGCGGCCGGGGACGGUGUGAGAGCGGUAAGAUGGCGGCCGCAGCGGUGGUGGAGUUCCAGAGAGCCCAGUCUCUCCUCAGCACCGACCGGGAGGCCUCCAUCGACAUCCUCCACUCCAUCGUGAAGCGUGACAUUCAAGAAAAUGAUGAGGAGGCAGUCCAGGUCAAAGAGCAGAGCAUCCUUGAACUGGGGUCUCUCCUGGCGAAGACUGGACAAGCUGCUGAGCUUGGAGGACUCCUGAAGUAUGUACGACCUUUCUUGAAUUCCAUCAGUAAAGCUAAAGCAGCUCGUCUGGUCCGGUCUCUUCUUGAUCUGUUUCUAGAUAUGGAAGCAGCUACAGGGCAGGAGGUCGAGUUAUGUUUAGAGUGCAUCGAAUGGGCCAAAUCAGAGAAAAGAACUUUCUUACGCCAAGCAUUGGAGGCAAGGCUGGUGUCUUUGUAUUUUGAUACCAAGAGGUACCAGGAAGCAUUGCAUUUGGGUUCUCAGCUGCUUCGGGAGUUGAAAAAGAUGGAUGAUAAAGCCCUUUUGGUGGAAGUACAGCUUUUAGAAAGCAAAACUUACCAUGCUCUGAGUAAUCUGCCGAAAGCCCGAGCUGCCUUAACCUCUGCUCGAACCACAGCAAAUGCCAUCUACUGCCCCCCUAAAUUGCAGGCCACCCUGGACAUGCAGUCAGGUAUUAUUCAUGCAGCAGAGGAGAAGGACUGGAAAACUGCAUAUUCAUACUUCUAUGAGGCAUUCGAAGGCUAUGACUCCAUUGAUAGCCCCAAGGCCAUCACAUCUCUGAAGUACAUGUUGCUGUGCAAAAUCAUGCUCAACACCCCAGAAGAUGUCCAGGCUUUGGUGAGCGGAAAGCUCGCACUUCGGUAUGCAGGGAGGCAGACAGAAGCAUUGAAAUGUGUGGCUCAAGCUAGCAAGAACAGAUCACUGGCAGAUUUUGAAAAGGCCCUGACAGACUACAGGGCAGAGCUCCGGGACGACCCAAUCAUCAGCACACAUUUGGCCAAGUUGUAUGAUAACUUACUGGAACAGAAUCUGAUCCGGGUCAUUGAACCUUUUUCCCGAGUCCAGAUUGAACACAUAUCUAGUCUCAUCAAACUCUCCAAGGCCGACGUGGAAAGGAAAUUAUCCCAGAUGAUUCUUGACAAGAAGUUCCAUGGGAUUUUGGACCAGGGGGAGGGUGUUCUGAUCAUUUUCGAUGAACCCCCAGUAGAUAAAACUUAUGAAGCUGCUCUGGAAACUAUUCAGAACAUGAGUAAAGUAGUGGACUCCCUCUACAGCAAAGCCAAGAAGCUGACAUAGAGUUGGAUCUGUAGCGGUCCUUUGGAGAGUGUGUGUGGCGGGAGAGUGAACCCUUGGGGAAAUGCUAGGAGAUUCUUUUCUUUCUGUUCUACUUUUCGCUCGGAAAGUUUUUAACCCUCAUUGGUGCAUCUGUAUCCAGCGAUAGGCGGCCAGUUCUCAUGUAAUCCGCACUGGCCAACAUGGGAGUGGGAAAUUGCUUAAAAAAAAAGAAAAAGAAAAAAAAAAGAUUCUAAAUAAAAGGAAAAAGGCUUACACUACCUAAGCUGUGCUCUCUGCCUCCUGGGAGAGGGCCGCAAAGCCAGGCACCCCGCCAACCACUGGGGAUCCUCACCCACCUGCUGGGCGCCACCUCUCCUCCUCUUCAGAAUUGGGUGUUUGCUGACCAUCAAAAGCAACGACUUUUUAUUCUGUUUGUACUGAACCAAAACAAACAACUAUGUAUAGACUGCUGUUUUCUUUUUCAUUUGUAAUGAGGCGAUGGGUGUUUUCCCCUGCCAUCUGGCCUGUCCACCCUUCCCUCUGACAUUGGCUCCAGCAAACUAGCUGAAGGGCCCGCUGUGCUGCCGCCACUGCUGCAGCCGCAGUACAUGCUUGGCUCCGACCUGUGAGAAAACGGGAAGAAGUCCAGGAGCUAGUGUCUACCACGGCCACACGGGGAGCAGUGAGGCCCACAGCCCUCGGGGCCUGCUGUGCAUGUGGCUUUUUUAACCCUGUAACUAGAUUAGACUCGGUGUUUUAACCAUCCCUCUUCUCUUCCUCUCAGCCAUGUCCUUCCUCUUUCCCUCUAGAGUUGAGCUGUCGAAACUCCAUCUGCUGCUCCCCUCUCCCACUCUUUCCUGCUGUCAGAUGGAUUUGGUUUUUUUUUUUUUUUUU